AUGGUCUCCUACAAGUCUCUCCUCGCUUUCAGCGCGGCUGUUCUCCCUGCCGUUCUAGCUGCUCCAUCUACUCACCCAGGACACCUUAAAAUCAGACAACUCGGUGAUCAAGCGGAAAUUAUUCCAGGGUCUUACAUUGUUGUCUUUGAGCCUUCUGCCGAUCCUGCACUUGUCGAAGCCCACGAGCAGAGACUCGUUGGGUUGAGAAAAAGAGAUACCAAUUCCUCAGCAGUCGAACAUACCUAUUCGGUUCAGGAUUUCAAGGGGUACUCCAUCGCUGCUGAUGAGACCACCAUUGCAGAGAUUGCUGCUGCUCCUGAGGUGUGUUUUGAUAAAUAGCCAUUCUUCCUCCGAGAUUUGAACUGACCAGCGUAUUUAAUAGGUCGCCUUUGUUGAACCAGAUCAAAUCAUGAGAAGUUAUGCUUUGACCACCCAGUCUGGUUCUACAUGGGGAUUGGGAAGAAUCUCCCACCGUGAGCGAGGCAGCAGCAGCUACAUCUAUGACACCACUGGCGGAGCUGGUACUAGAGUUUACGUUGUUGACACCGGUAUUAGAACAACCCACAACGUAAGUUUAUGAUCACAAGGGUUCGAACCUCGUUAUCUAAAACUAACUUAAAUUAGCAAUUCGGUGGCCGUGCUGUUCAAGGUGCUAACUUCAUCUCUGGUGAAAGUGUAAGUCUUCCUUUGUGGCUGGACAUCAAUAAUUGAGCAAGUACUUACAUUAGAUAGGCUGCUGAUUUGCAGGGACACGGCACUCACUGUGCUGGAACCGUCGGAGGAUCAACCUAUGGUGUUGCUAAAGCUGCUACCUUGGUUGGUGUCAAGGUCUUGAACAGCGCAGGAGAGGGUACCAACUCUGGUGUCAUUGCUGGUAUGAACUGGGGUAAGUCUACACAAUCCCUCAAUUUGCUACAUAUAAGGAACUAACAUAUCCCAAAGUUGCAACAAAUGCCCAGUCCCUUGGAAUGUCCACCAAAUCAGUCAUGUCCAUGUCUCUUGGUGGUGGAGUCUCUCAAGCGACCAACAACGCUGUCAACGCUGUCUUCAACUCUGGUGUCACCGUUGUUGUUGCCGCUGGUAACGAGGACCAACUUGCUUCUAACACCUCACCUGGCAGUGCAGCAAACGCAAUCACUGUUGGUGCCAUUGGCCAAGAUGACGCACGAUCUGUCUGGGAUUGCCCUCAACCAUGUGGCUCCAACUAUGGUUCUGCCGUCGACAUCUUCGCUGCUGGAACUGAUGUUCUCAGUUCUCACAUUGCCAGCAACACUGCUACCCGAAGCUUGAGCGGAACCAGUAUGGGUACGUUCUUCCAAGCUUCUUUACAUAUACAUGCACUCUUACUGAUUUUGAAUAGCUUGCCCUCACGUCGCUGGUCUCGCAGCUUACCUCAUCUCUCUUGAGGGAUUGAGCAGCCCAACUGCCGUUGUCAACAGAAUCAAGGCUCUUGCAACCACUGGCAGGGUCACUGACCUUCAGGGCAGCCCUAACUUGUUGGCUUACAACGGUAACGGUGCUUAG